UCCCUGUGUCUCCGCUGUCUCACUUAGUGCUGCUCCUUCAUCCCCGGACAUGAGGACAUGGUCCCCCUACCGCCUCGCCCUGGCCCUCACCCUUGCCACUGUCCUGCUGUGGCUGGGUUCAACCUCAGCCCAAGGACACAACUCCACGGCAGUGGUUAAAUCUGGACGGUGUCCACGGAGGUUGGUGGUUGCGGUGACAAAACGCGGAUGCAGGUGUGACGAGGAUUGCCCUGGCGCAGACAAGUGCUGUGUGUUUGAUUGUGGUGCAGUCUGUGUACCACCAGCAUUCCGUAAGCCUGGGAUCUGUCCUCGGAGACACAGAGGAGCUGGAGUAUGUGCUGAAUAUUGUACAGAUGACAGUGACUGCCCAGAGGAUGAGAAAUGCUGCAGCAAUGGAUGUGGCCAUGCAUGUACCUCUCCCCAACAAGUGAAACCAGGGAGGUGCUCCUUGCCCCGAGGAACUAAGAUGUGCGCUGAGUUCUGUCAACAUGAUGGAGACUGUCCUCAGGAGCAGAAAUGCUGCAAAACAACCUGCGGGCAUGCCUGUGCUGAGCCAUGUUAAUGCCUCGCCACAUGUAUUUUCAUGCCUCGUCAAUGUUGCUAAGAAGUCUGUUUGUGCCAUAUUCUAGCCAUUAAUGCCUGAUUAGUAAUCUAUUACUGCGCUUUUAAGUUCUAUUACUGCCCUGCUACAACUCCAUUAGUGCCCAAUUACUGCCAUGUUUGUGGCCUACUAUUGCCCUGCAAGUGGUCCAACAGUGCUGUUUGUGCUCCAUUAGGACCCUACUAAAGCUGUAAGUGCCUCCUCAUUCUGUUAGACCCCUGUGAUCACACUGAAUGAUACUUGCUGGAGUCCUACUGGAGUUUUGCUGUAGAUCUGGUGGAGAUCUGCUGGAGUCAGAAAAGGAUCCUGCCGGAGUCCUGCUGUAACGCCACCAAGUCAUAGCGUUCUCCUGGAGCGCUGAAUGAACUCACCAAUGUCAUCCCAUUGUUGGAUGUUCACAGCCCAGACUACUUCCUGCUUCAUAGAACAGAAACCGCUGACAGUCGUGGACA